AAUGGCAAGAGAGUGCAGUCCAACAUGGGUGCCAAGAACCAUGGUGUGGUGAUGCCCGAUGCCAACAAAGAGAACACCAUCAACCAGCUAGUGGGUGCUGCUUUUGGAGCAGCUGGCCAGCGCUGCAUGGCUCUCUCCACUGCUAUUUUUGUUGGGGAGUCUCGUGAAUGGCUCCCAGAGCUGGUGCGGCGCUCUAAAUCGCUCCGCGUAAACUCAGGUGAUCAGCCUGGGGCAGAUGUGGGUCCCUUGAUCACUCCAGAAGCCAAAGCCAGGGUAGAGUCUCUGAUCCAGAGUGGGGUUGAUGAAGGUGCCAAGCUGCUGCUGGACAAAGGAUAUGAAAAUGGAAACUUUGUAGGACCUACCAUCUUAGCUGGUGUUAAGCCCAACAUGAAAUGUUACAAAGAAGAGAUCUUUGGACCGGUCCUUGUUGUCCUGGAGGCCGACAGCCUGGACGAAGCCAUUUCUUUAAUCAACCGAAACCCUUACGGCAACGGCACGGCCAUCUUUACCACCAAUGGAGCCACAGCUCGCAAAUACACACACGAGGUGGACGUUGGCCAGAUUGGUGUGAAUGUGCCCAUCCCCGUCCCGCUCCCCAUGUUCUCCUUCACUGGCUCCAGAGGUUCAUUCAGAGGAGAUACCAACUUCUAUGGCAAGCAGGGCAUCCAAUUCUACACUCAGAUCAAGACUAUUACAUCGCAGUGGAAGGCUGAGGAUGCCACUCUGACAAGCCCGGCUGUCACAAUGCCAACCAUGGGACGCUAAGCUAAACUGACAGUGCAUCUAAC